AUGCGUGUGCUCGUCUCGGACGUCGAGCCAAUUCGCCUCGCUCCCGCUGUGCAGCGCAGCUCAAGGCUUGAAGACUGCAGUAGUGGCAGCCAGCGGAUCCUCCGAGAGAUCAGCGCAGCGCACAGUCUGGAAUGCGCGGCACCCUCUGCUGGAGCUAAACAGAACAGACAUAGCAAGAGGUCUGGCAGCCCCGGCUUAGACUGCGUGUGCGACUCCGUGUAUAGGUGUGAACAUGAUUUACUUUUGUGUGGAAGAGCCUACACGCAGAAGGAGCCUAGCGACGCAGUCCGCGGCCGGGUGGAGAACGUCAACGGAACAGAACCUGUAGACCACCUGGAAGCGCUAGCUUCGACAUCAGUGCACUGCUUGUCACUGUUCAAUUGCAUGAGCCGGACGGAGUCGCUCUGCAGCAUGACGCAGCUGGGUACCGUGUCAACGCCAAAUUGCGUGCCGUCCUUCUGCAUCCGCCCGGCCUUUCUGGCUGCGCGCAAGGCAUGCUACUUUGCUGGCCGCCGAUAUGGUCAGUGGUGCUGUGGGACGCUGUGGGACGUGUUUCGAAUGCAAAAUGUAUCGUCGUGCGGCGGCCGAUCUUCCCUGACGACCCAUGUUGGUGAGCGCACUGCCGGCCUCUGA